AUGGUCUCUUCUUUGGCCGAGCAGCUCGCCAAGAGCGCGUCGCUGAACGCGAACCUGCUCAACGAAAAGGCCCGCAAGUUAGUCCAGUCCGAGUCCUACCUCUUCUCCCCGAAGGAGGCGAGGCAACACGACCUCGAGUCUCUCCACGCGCUAGGGGUCAACGGCUUUCUCCAGCUCAGGUCUCUGCAGCCGACUAUCGCGCCGUUCGAGCAGCAGCUUUUCUCGGACGCCGCGAAAGCUUUGGACAGGACGCUGCAGUCUGCGGAGCAAAAUGCGAAGCUCGAUGCGGCUAUUACUGCGUUCUUGCCGCUGCUGGGGCCGUUCUUGCUAGACGCGCCAACGGGGAAGGUUUUGGAGUGGCUUGUGCGUAGAUUCAGGAUACACGAGUUCAAUGUAGACGCUAUUGUGUCCUUGUUCCUGCCAUACCACGAGACACCGCAUUUCAUCAAAAUGGUGUCCAUCUUGAACAUCAAAGACCGCUCCCCCCUCCGGUUCCUACAAGCAUACAAGACCACCGCCACGCCUCUUCACCGCUCUCUCCUCAUCACGGAGAUGCUCAAAACGCUGGAAGUGGCACGCUUCGUGUCCCGCAUCCUCCCUACUACUCUGCAAAGCCACUGUGCGGGUAUUCAUCGUGCUCUGAUCGCAUUCCACACUGGCCUGCUGCUAGAGUUUGUAGCCAGGAGUAAGGCACUCGAUGAAAAUGCGAUGGCAGUCCUUCUGCCCGCAGCGUUGGAGCCUCUUCAGACUGCGAGCAACCCGGACGCAGCGGUGAAACCUACACUUCUGCAGGAGUCUAUACUCGGGAGUUAUCUCGUUCUGGCAGCCAUUUCGCAGAAGACGCACCUCACUGCCAACGCUGUGAAGUCUAUUCUGGUUGCAGUCGCGGAAUGUGCGGAGCGUGUCUUGCCGAAGCAGCUGGUCCGGACACUGGUCUCUGUCUGCGCGCCACAAGAGCAGCUCGAUCGUAUGUCGAGCAGUGUCAUCAAGACCCUGGUCGCUAUCCCCAACAUCGAGUCUGAACUGAUCAGUGCAAUGGCAUGGGUCGGAGCAGAAAAGCUCCUCAUUCCGCUGCUCGACAGUCUCCUGACUCAGCCUGACGACUUUGAUGCUUUCGGUAUCGUGGAGGCCGUAGUCACAUCGCCCGUCCUUAUCAGCGUUAUUGCACGCUCUACUGCUUCAACACUCAUCCAGCAAUUCUCGGAGGACGAGGAUGCGGUUACUGAUGUGUCCUCCAAAAUACGUCAGCUGCUCUCGCAUCUCCACCAGCGCCAUCCGAAAGCGGUGGAAGCGGCUUCUGCUCUCAUUAUCGAGGAAGACGACUCCAAGACUGAUGCGGUUGAACAGCUUAUCCUCUCCUUGUCCGUCUCCGCAGCGGGGCCUUCCAGCGUUGAUACCGAGGCUGCUACCUUGCUCGUUGGAUCCACCAAUGCGGAUUCCGCCAUCCGUACACGUUCAGUGCGGGAUCUCUUGGCACGUCUAUCCAAUGAUACACCGGCAGAGGCAGAGCUGCGGUCUAUUUCUUCAGCGCUCUUGCUUCGCAUACAGGACACAGACGCUUCCGUUCUGAAUGCGCUCUACACGAGUGCUCCAGAGGUUGCUCUCAGGGUGUUUCUCGCUGCCACACCGUCACCGGCAGGCUAUCUUGACGCACUGAAGCAAGCCUUGCACGGAUCCAGCGCGAAGCCAUCUCGCGAUGUCAUUCGUGCCCACCUCUCUUUCCUGCUCACCCGUUUCCUGCCCGCAUUCAUUGCCCGGGGGCAAGAUGCGGAGGCUAGCCGCGAAACCUUGCGGCACGCUUCGGUCGACAUUCUCCUUCCCUUUCUCCUCUACACGAAACCACGGAUGAAGACCGCACAGGCCGUGUGGGAGAUUCUACAAGCAGCUGAGGACGCUGGGACCGAUCCAGCGAUAUUCGAGCUUCUCGGUGGAUGCGUGGAAGCUGUCCGGUGGGAACAGCAGCGUGCUGGGUUGGACGCGAAAGAGAAGAGCGGCGACAAGGAGAGCAUCAACGUGGGCCUCCUGACCAAGAUCAACAUCGCAGUGGCUGCGAAGAUCGCAGACAAUAUCAUUGCCUCGAACUACUAUCAGCAGCAUCUGGACAGCUUGCUCGCGAAGCUGCGCGACGACAACCACCAUGCACGCGCCCUUGUUUACCUGGUUGCUCGAGUGCUACUUAGUCGUGUAGGAGGCGAACAGCGCGUGGACACUGCAUAUCGCGUCCUACAUGCAAUGCAGCUCGAGACAUUGGAGGGUAUGGGAGACUUCAUGCGCGGCAUCGACGACGUCGCAGUUUAUCUGAGCGACACCAGCGUGGGAACUGCCGUGGCGCUCAAGCCAAGCAGCUUGAACACCCUUCAUCGUCUGCAAGUCGCAUUGCUUUCGGUGUUCCCCAACAUUUCUCGUCCGAAUGGUGCGCGUAUGGACUGGUUGGCGGAGUACUCGGGUUCGACGGCCGGCGCACCGGCAGCGCGCUAUGUGACAGUUCUACGGGAUGUAUACCGCCUGAGCAACUCGUCGGCACACCUCGCGGUUCUCUCCACCCAUCUCCUCUGCAUGCUCUUCGCCAACCUCGGCGACGACGCCCUCGCGUUCCUCACUGGCGUGUGGCUCAACGCCGGUUCCCAGGACGAGGACGCGCAGUCGCACAUCCAGUAUGCGGCUCUCAAGCACGCGGCAGCCUUCCUCGAAGCGCAUGUCGUAACACAGCGCACGAUUGACUUCCAGACUGUGUUCCCCGCGAUGCUCGUCAUGCUACAGAGCCCUGACGCGAGUGUGCGCGAGGCUGUCGCGCGCUGCAUCGCGGUUGUUGUCAGGCUCUCUUCGGAGAAGGAGGCAGAGGCGGUUUACGCAUUCGACGCUAUCUACGGUGCAGACUCCGCCAAACUGCAGUACCUCGAUUGGACGGACUUCCAACGCUAUGUCUACGCGAUUGGGGAGACCAGGGCAAACUUGGAGCACGAUCCUGAUUACCUGCAGACGUUCCACAAGGGGCACCUUAGCCACUCGAAGACUGACACCAAGAAGAACGCUGGCUACAGGCAGCGCGUGCUGUGCUACCUUUUAUCCCACGUCAACAGCUGUCCGCUUCCCAGUGUCAAGGUCGCUUUGUUGCGAAGCCUUGACAGCGUCUCGAACGAAGUGAAGGCGCAGAUAUUGAUGCCGACCAUCGAAGGCCUAAUCAGUGAGCAAGGAUUGCAAGAUGUUGCAGCUGUCAAAGCCUACCAAGACCUGGCGACCUACGCUGUGUCCGCGUUCGAUGCGUCAGCGACCGCCGAUAUCAACGACCAGGAAAAGCCUGUUUGGGCUCUUUACGAGAAGGUGUUGCUCGCGUCACUCAGAAAUGGUAACUGGGAACGGCCUCGCGCAGCAUUACUCCACCGCUUGCAACACGGCUUGUUUGUCAAGCUCUCUGUAGAGCGCAAGGUGCAGCUUUGCCAAAGCCUACUGCGUGCCGCAGUCGAGAAUGAGACCUCGGGCCUCGUCUGCAAGAAGCUUCUUGCAAGCAUGUUGACGGACGUGUCUCUCAUCAUCCGCUUGCUUGUCGCACUCCAGCCGAGCGGUGAGGAUACGACGCAACCCGCAACAAAACGGGCUCGUGUUGAGAAAUCUGCUACUAGUGCGCAGACUGAAGAGAUCGCAGCACUUGCUGCCCUUGCGGAAGUCCUGAGUUCCGUCCAGAUCGUCGGCUCCCUGGAGCUUGUGUCUUGCCUGCUCGAGACACUCAGCAAGGUCACGCACACCGUUGCACCCGACGCUGCAGAUAAGCGAUAUGUCGAGCAGCUCAUCAUGUCCGCAGUCGAGAACGUGGUACAACAAUUCCCGGCGGCGACCAUUGUCCCUCCGGGUUCGAUCCGUGUAGACACCCUCGUCGAAAUCCUCCGCACAUCGGAGAACCCGCAGUCCUUCCACCAGGCGUCGUUACUCAUGGCAAGCCUUGCCCGGAUCGCACCGGAUGCCGUACUGCACAACGUCAUGCCGAUCUUCACGUUCAUGGGCUCAAACGUCUUUCACCGAGACGAUACCUACAGCUUCCAAGUGGUACAGAAGACUGUCGACAGCAUUGUGCCGGUCAUGGUUGCCUCGCUCAAGGAGAAGCACGGGACAGGAAUGGAUCUCUAUCGUGCCGCCCGAGAAUUCCUGCGUGUGUUCACAAGCGCUGCGAACCACAUCCCCCGCCAUCGGCGCGUCAACUUCUUCUCACAUCUCGUGGACACCCUCGGUCCUGCGGAUUUCCUCGCCCCCGUCACCAUGCUCUUGGUCGACCGUGUAGCCAAUCGUGUGGCACGCCAGACCUCCACUGAAUCCUCCGGGUCCCUCUUCCUCCCUCUCGCAGUGUGCGAGCGUUAUCCUGCUGCACUUCAGCUUCCUCUCUUUGUCGAGCUCGCACACGAAGUGGAGAGACUUGCGCGGCCUGAUGGCUCAUCCGCCCCGCCGUUCUUAGAGGAUGCCCCGGACGAUGAGCAUCCGCACGCUGAGACGUCGUCUAAGCGUCGGGCGGCUGCUCUUCUUGUGUUCUCUGACCACGCUUUACGGCGUCUCCAUGUUACUGCUCUUGCCACGUCUCAGCAGGAACGCGCAUCCAGCAAGACAUUGCUGGCUCUGCUACUCGCUGUUUCCACCUCCCAUGCAGGCGACGCUAGCUACGCAGAGGUCACCGCCGCGGCUCGCUCCGCCAUGAAUAGCACUCUGGGCAUUAUGUCUGCACCUGACUUCGUUGAGGGUAUCCUCACCAUCCUCCACUCCUCGUCACCAAGUGUUCAAGCUGCCGCACUAGAGCUGCUCAGUGAUCGUCUGACCGAUGUCGCGGAUAAGGCUCGUCGCACCCUCACUCCAACAGUCGUCCAAAUUGUGGACAAUAUUCGCUCGGUCCUUACUGGUGCAGAGGACGCUCUUGCGCGGUCUGCCUUGCGCGCUCUCUCUAUCAUCAGCGACACGCUUUCUCCUGGCGAGGAGAGUUCGAUCACAAACACAGUUCCGCUCAUCUUAGAGUCCGUGCAGCGCGAGAGCGUGCGGGCUCCGGCAUUGCACGCGCUGCUCUCUUUCUCCUCUAAGCUGGGGCCGCGGGCCAUCCCGUACCUCAAGGGCAUCGUCAAAGAGUGUGUCGCGCGAGCUCGGGAAGCAGCAGUAUCCGGCGGAGACUCCACGCUCGUCGCCACUGCAGCGCAAGUUCUGCGCAACCUCCUCACCUCCAUUCCUACGUUCUGGGGUGAGGCAGAGGUGCUCCAGGUCGUCGAGCUCUACCUGGACGGUUCCGAAGCCUCCGCGGCCCAGUCCACUGAGAUGUCGCUGCUGGUCAAGACCGUUGCAAAGCGCGCAUCCCCCACCGUUCUGCUUCCUGCCCUCUGCAACAUGUGGGAACGGACGCUCGCUGCUCAGGCCCAAAAUCGUGCCGGAAGGGUUGUAGCGUUCGUCCAGGUUGUCAAGGUGUCCGUCAAAGCGGCAUCACGACCUGCCGUCUUGGAGAACCUGCGCGAACUGUUCAAGGCCUUCCUCUCUAUGUUCGAUAUCUGCGCAACUCAUCAGGAUGCAGAUGUGGAAAGCAAUAUCACCUCAGCGUUCUUGGAGGUCGUUGUGAAGCUGAACGAGACCGCCUUCCGACCCAUCUUCCGCAAGAUGUUUGACUGGGCCUUCAACCAAUCUCACGACAACCGACGAGUUGUAUUCUGCCAUGUGUAUUCCACUUUGCUCGACUUCUUCAAGGCGCUCAUGGUCCCGUACAUGUCCUUCACGUGGCAAUCCUUCACCGAGCUCCUUCGCAGCUACACCUCGCCCGUGGCCGUAGACGGGCAGCUUUGGUUGGCCCUUAUUCAGACGCUCUCGAAGGCGAUGUCCGCCGACGAGGACAAAGUCUUCUGGCGCAGCGACAAGCUUCGACUACUCGCGCCCUUGGCCGCUCAACAGGUUCCCGUGGCUGUGCGCGUGAACCUACCGGACGGCAAGGACGCCCUCGCAGAUUUCCUCGAAGCUCUGCUGGGUAUCCUCGAUGACGAUGUGCUGACAAAAUCGCUCAACCUCGACAUUCUCAUGCACAGCCGCUCCGAGGAUGCGCGGGUGCGGCUGCUGAGCGUCACCUGUGCAGAGCAGUUGUGGCGCGCUCACGGCGAGAAGCUGCUUGGCUUCGUGGCGGAGACCGCUACAUUCAUUGCUGAAGCUGCGGAAGACGACAACGACUUGGUCGUCCAGGAGGCCCACAGGCUCAAGGCAGCCGUUGAGGCCAUUGGCGGAAGUAUCGAUGUAUCAUAA